CCGCUCCGCCCCCGGGGCGGGACUCCCGGCUGCCGGGGCGGGGCCGGAAGCAGCAGCGGCGGCUCGGCCGAAUUCGGUGGCGCCACGUCUGGCUCGGGGUCCCCUCCGUGACCGGGCGGCGGGAGUGGCUGAGCCCUCGUCUCGUCUCUUCUUCAGCGGCCGGUUCGCGGCGAGGCCUGGGCAGCGGCCAGGCGCGGCUGCAUCAUGUCGGACCUGGGGGACUGGUUCCGAAGCAUCCCUCUGAUCACGCGCUACUGGUUCGCCGGCUCCAUCGCGGUUCCGCUCGUGGGCAAGUUGGGCCUCGUCAGCCCCGUCAACCUUUUCCUCUGGCCUGACGCCUUCAUCCACCGCUUCCAGAUCUGGCGGCCGAUAACAGCAACUUUCUUCUUCCCAGUGGGACCUGGAACGGGAUUUCUCUACUUGGUGAAUUUGUAUUUCUUGUAUCAAUAUUCCUCACGACUAGAAACAGGGGCUUUUGAUGGAAGGCCAGCAGAUUACAUGUUCAUGCUCCUGUUUAACUGGAUCUGCAUUGUUAUAACUGGCUUGGUAAUGGACAUGCAGUUGCUGAUGAUUCCACUCAUCAUGUCAGUACUUUAUGUGUGGGCCCAGCUGAACAGAGACAUGAUUGUAUCAUUCUGGUUUGGAACAAGAUUUAAGGCCUGUUACCUUCCAUGGGUUAUUCUGGGAUUCAACUACAUCAUUGGUGGAUCAGUCAUCAAUGAGCUGAUAGGAAAUCUGGUUGGACACCUGUAUUUCUUCUUAAUGUUUAAAUAUCCAAUGGAUUUGGGAGGAAGGAAUUUUCUGUCCACACCUCAGUUCCUUUACCGCUGGCUGCCAAACAGGAGGGGAGGAGUGUCGGGCUUUGGUGUCCCUCCUGCCAGCAUGAGAAGGGCUGCAGAAGAUCAGCAGGGUGGUGGAAGACACAACUGGGGCCAAGGUUUCCGGCUAGGGGACCAGUGAAGAGUUCCUGCCCUUGGAAAUCAGCAAUUCUUCGGUGUCAAUUGGACGUAGAGCUGACCGUUCCUGGUGCAGAGCAUGCUUAAGAACUGAGCUCUCUGCAGUACUCUUGGAUUUAACUGAUUAGAAAGAAUGUUUCUGGUUCAAGAGCCAAUUAAAAACUCCAGAAGGAAAAAAUGUAGAUCUUGCUCCAGGUUAGCCAGUAGUGUCCAGUGUGAUUCUGCCAUUAAAAAUAAGCCUUCUUUAUACAGUAUUGUCUGUCACAACAGGAUCCAUUGGCUGUCCUGUUCCAUGAUGUGAUGGAACAAGCUAGUGGUAUUCUAUCUUGCCUGGUAUGUUAAAAGCUUUGUUGACCACAGUAAAGUAAGAAUCUAGUGUGAGGCAGAUGUCUCAAACAAGCCCCCAAGUUUAGGAAGCUGACUUUUUCCAUAGCUGUGCUUAAGUCCCAGGGUCUUUGGAAACAUUAUUUAAGUGAUAUCUCUCUGAUGCAUUCAUAAAGCAAAUUGCAAAUGUUGCAUUUCUGUUAUUAAGCUGUGUUUUGAGCAGAGCUGUUUCUUGCCACGCAGCAUUUGUCCUACCUGUUACAUCAUGGGCUGGGCAAGGCUAAGGAUUAGAGGGCUUUUGUUGAAAUGGCAAUAACAGAUAUUAUUCACAGAAUUGAAAUCUCUGAACUUUUCAUGGCAUGUUACAAAGCUUAUUCUGGUGAAACUGAAGUCUGGUAUGUUUUUUUCCCCCCCAAAUCUGAAUUCUUGGCUUCAAGGUUUCUCUUUUGGUUGCCAAAUUGGAUAGCAUAAAUACUGCUUAAACUAGAAAAUGUAACAUUGUUGUGGUUAAGGGCACUGACUGCAGCGUUGUUUAACCGAAUCUUCAGCUUUAUCUUAAAAGCUUUAAGACGUCUAAGAAUCAAAGCUGGAAAUAAUCUUUUGCAGGGUGAAGAUACAAUGUAACAGGUUACUGCAGGACCUUCAUUGUCAAAUAAGAAAUUACAUACACUGUUUAUUAGCAUCUGUACUAUUUUUGGUAAAAAUGUUUGACAUGGAAAAGGGAAUGAUUCUGUACAGCAGUUUUCCUUGCACUGGGUUCCCAUGGGCAGAGCAUGUGGCUAAGAUCCAGGAAGCUGUAAUGCCAGCUUGUUACUGACUCACUGCAUGCUCUUGAGCAAACUUCUUACUUAUCUCAGUUUUCCCAGCUGUAAGAAGGACUUGUGCAUGUCUCACAGCAUUCUUACAAGACAGCUGUCCCUGACUCCCUAGGUGGGAGCUGCUAGUGAGCAAGUAAGGCUUAGGUUUACAUAAAUCCAACACUUCAGCUAGGAACACAAUUACUCUAACCUUAGCCAAGACUAAGUCAGAAUGUAGUUGCUCACUUUUUGUUUUGUAGUCAGAGGAGGACGAGUGUUGUCACUAGGAUAAAUUUCAAGUCUGAUGAAUUGUCCUUUAGCAUUUAUCUCUUGUGGGGCACAGAAAGCUGUUCUGCCCCAGCGUGGGUAUCUCAGGUAACUGUAAGUAGGUGAAGUGAAUCUGGGCUGAUACAUUUUUAUUACUACUUUGUUUCUUCACUAAACUUGGGUUCUGAAGGUGUAAAAACUUGUAAAUACUAGGUGAUGCAAAGCUGAGUGGAAAAUGAGCAGUUAGAUGAAAUUAAAAAGAAAUGCAUGUUCCAUGUCUUCACUGCAACUCAGUUAAGUUGAUUUGGCUUGUGGAGAAAUGUAGAAAACUGGUAAGGAUUAUACUGUGUGCUUAAGUUUUACAGGAACUUGGAGUUUAGAAAUCACCUGCCAUUUUUGUCUGUUUGGGGAUGAGUUUUAAAAAUGGUCUUGUCUCUUUCUUUGUGUAAAAUGGUAGGUAGAAAAGAGGAGUGCUGUGUUGUAAAUACAGAUUUAUCCUUCACCAACAGCUGUUAUUUGAUGUGGACUUGAAUAGUCUGAGAAUCAUCAUUUUGAGUCUUUUUAGUCAUAGGAAUUUCACAGUCUCCAAAGCAUUUGUCUUCAUUUUGAGUCAGGACCCAACUUCUAAGUGAAGAUGCAAUAGUUUGUGACUCAGCUAAACCCCUGGCACACUCCAACUGCAGAAUAUCUCUGUACAGAGGGCCCAAAGGAAGGCUUCAGUGAGAGAAAGCUCAGCAAAAGGCAUUGUCCUGGCCCACUGCACUGCAUGGGGUCUUGCUUUCUAGUAUGUCCUCCUUCUCUAAAUUAAGAGGAAAAAGUUUGCAAGGAAAAUAGACUUCUUAUAAACCUUGAUUAUCUUCUGAGCUGCUUCAGGUCAAUUUACUUUGUUUAUGGAAAAUUCACUUCAGAAUUCCAUAUUACAAGUUCAGUUUGUUUGUUUCUCAGUUUGUCACUUGACCUGAACUGCUGUUUGUCCUCCCACAUACAUUAAUAAUGGCAGUCUCUUGUUAAAAUGAGUACCUCCUUUCUUAUUUUGUACAGAUAAUUUCCCUUUUUGUAAUCAAUUUUUGUUGGCAAAGUUUUAAAUUAAAAUUUUAAUCUGUGUUACUGUCUUUGUUUUGCUAAAUCAUAUUUCAGCUUAAGACAAGCCUUGUGAUCUGCAGGUCCGUGGGUAUUGUCUGAGAGCUGCACUGUGACACCAUCUCCUGCUGUUGAUAGAAGUACUCACAAAAUGACCUGCUUUUAGGUGGGAGUCUUGUCUUCUCUGAUCAGUAGCAAAAUCAUAAAGGCAUUUUCUUUGUCUCUUUCUACACCGUGAGUUUUGACAGACUGUGUCCUUCUGGGCUAUUACCAUUUUACAGCUGUUUUUUAUAUACUUGAUUAUCAAUUCUUUGUCAUCUGGGAGAAAGCAUCCUUCUACCUACCCUCAAACUUUGUGGGAUUGAUACAGAUCACUUACUUUUCCAGAGGUAAGCUUGGAAUUCUGCAGUACCCUCUCUGUCCAGACUGAUGUGCACAGCUGCCAGAACUCCUUUUGAGGCUUUUACUGUAGCUGAUUUGGUGAUGGACACAUUGGGCAUCCUCUGACUCUUCAGCCCUCAGCGUUCAUCUGACUGCACUUUUCCUGUUUGUUACCAUAGUAGCAUCAAAGAAAAUCAUGGACUUGGUACAUGAAGCACUGUAUGAAUUAUUUGUGCUCCUUGUCUGGACAGGCUGGGUCCAUACUAAGCAGAAGAGCAUGACAAGUGCGUGCCUUUUGAGUUUGCUCCAGCUGCAUAAAGAGUCAGCAGAAGAGCCAAGAAUACGAAAUCAAAUGCUUCAUCUGUCAUUCCUGUCACUUCAUCUUAGCAACAGCUCCUCUCUCAGCACAGCUCAGUGAUGUGGUGUUCCAGUGACUUAAUAAGAAAUAAUCUGUUGUCAUCCAAUGGUUGCACUAGGAAAACUGAGAGUCUUUCAUUUUCAGGGGAGCAUGUUGUUUGCACCGCAACAUGAGAUUCUUUCUGUGUUUAUGUAUUGCUGUGUGCCUUACCAGGGAGGCAGAUUGCUUUGCCUUGGUGGUUCAGGUUGUGAGCUGGAGAGAUACACUCCAGUUUACAGUUUGAAGCUUCUGAUAAACAAGUCACUUUGUAAUGACUUUGUUAUCCUGUUCUGCAUCCAUAAAUGAAGAUGAUUCACACUCUCCCUUGUUCUGUGCUAGACUUAGGAUGAUGGAUCCAUCUGUACUUGUAUAGUAUGACAGAGCACUAAUUUUGGUAAAGGUGUUCUUAGCAUUGCUAUUGCCUGCACUAGUAAAUGGAUUUUCUUGUUCUAAGCAUCCCUAGAUACUUAUUUUGCCAUGGAUGAUAGUAACAGUGUGAAGUUCAGAAUUAAGUCUGUUGUCAUGAUUUGAUUAAUUAAGCUAAAUACUGUAAUAUGUGCAUAUUAAGCAGAAUUACUUACAUCUACAAGGUGAUGAUGUGCUGUUCUCUAGAAUUGAAAAGAUGAGAACACUUCAGCUGCUUGUGUUUCUCAAGCACACUGUUCAGGUGAUGAAAGGAAUUCCAUUUGCAGCCAUGGCUCACCCUUUCAUCAUCUGGAACAGGAUCUAGGAGUGCUUACACUACUUGGGAGCACAAGUGCAUGAAAGAGCUGUAGCUGUGGGAUGCUGGCAAGGCCAGUGCGGAAUCUUGUUGAUGUUGGGCAGGGGGGAGGGGGGAAAUGAUGAUGAAAUCCUAAUUCUGGUGCAUCAUUUUUUUAAAUUUUGCUCCUUCUCCAAAAGGCAAAGCACUUCUAAAAUGCCAUUAGAAUCAAAUCAGGUUUUAAGGCCACAUUUCUCUGACUGCCAGACCAAUCCUAACCCUUUGUGAUGAGGGAUAUGGCCACUGGAGGUAGUGUUCAACAUCAAAACCCUGGAAGUAGUCAUCUUACAUCUGAAUAUUUACAAUAUUUCUUAAGAGGAUGUGUGUAUUUAGUCCUUAGACUGGGUGUGGAUUAAAGGACAGCAGGUGGAUCUGUCUAUUAUUGGUUUCAUUGUCUUUGCCCCUGGAGGUGUGAGGAUGCCUGUACCAACCCUUGGCUUGUUAAGCUGCUUGGCCUCUUCACACUACAGAGUUCAGGUCACCUUGUGGCAUUGAGUUAAAUGGAGGAAGUUUCUUUCAAGUUAGUGUAUCAGUUCACCCUCCCCAAUGAACCUAGGCCUCUUUGUAGUUAACCCUAACAGACCCCUCAGUCUCUUAAAAUCAGAGCUCCCUCACCUGCUCCAUCUGGAAAGGCUUUUUUAAGCACUUGUCUUCCUUAAGACUGACUGGCCUGGCUCUGCUCAGUGCUGGUGCUGUGAGAGCUGCCCUGGGCCCUGGGGUGUGGAGAGGGCCCAGGAAGGGUAGGGCUGCUGGAGUGCCCCUCCUGCACAGUGUGGUUCCUAUAGAACAGAGGGUCUUGGAUCAGUGCAAUCCAAACUGCUUCAGCUCCUGGUGCUGCUGCAGGUGUGCUCAUAGCCCCAGGCUGUGGGGAACAGGUUCUGUGAUGGAGAAAUGCAAUUUGGGUCACAUGGUGGCUUCGUUUUAUUUUUUGGGAAAGCGGUGUGGUGUUAGUGUAUGAAUGAGGUAGCAAAGCCUAAGGUACUGUUUUUCAGGUGAAACAAUAUUUUUCAUCAGUCAGGAAGGGAUCUAAAGUUGCUAAGAAGUUGUGUUUUAAACUGCACUUGAAAAUGGGAAAGAAAAACAUUAAUUAGGGAUUGUAUUCAUAGAUCAGAGAAUGUUUUUCAAAGUGCUUUUUUAUCUGCCAUAUGGGCUCAGAAAGUGGCAGUCUCCAAUCAGACUGCAAAGAAAAGCAACACCUGUCUCUGUCCUCCUCUACUGAAUCCUUAACCCCACAGAAGGAGGAGGGCAAAGGGAGACACUGCUCAGUAUUUAUUGGUACCACCAGCUGGUCUCAGGGAUGUGCCUUUGGCUGGAAGGGAGCCUUGAUUGUGUGCCUGUUACACCCCUUACCUGUCUUUUUAAGCAGUUGUCCAUUGACUCUGAACUACCUGUGCUUACUGCUAUAAGAGUUUAAGUAACUGCAAAAAGAAAAUGGCAUAUGUGUGCCUUGGGCAUUGGCCUUACUUGUUUUAGGGGUUUAAGCUAAGGAGUUAACUUUAACUAAUGUUAAUGUUUUGGUAUUUUCACUCUGGAGCUUUUACAUACAGAAUAAUUUUCUUAAAAUCUGAUCCAAAGCUCAGCUGCUAGAGGGUUUGGGGUUUUGAAUGUAUAAACGUCUAGGAAAGUUAAUCUUGUCAUGUUUCCUGCUCUGUCUCGCUUUUCUUCCCCAAGGUAUGUAAGAUCAAAAUCCAAUUAAUGUUGGAAAAGGAAAGCAAAGAUUCUGAGGCAGCUUCAAGAAGCUUGAAGACCCCAAAGCUUUAUGCAACUUAUGGCAUUAAGAGCUUUUGUUUUUCUUUUGGCCUUGUGUUGUGUAAAUUCAGAAACCAGACUACAUCUUUAGGGAUUAAUGUUCUUAGAAGAGCCUGGUUGGGAUCUACAAGCAGGAGGGCAAAAGUUUUUUAAAAGUUCAAACUUUUGCUGUAAUUAGAAGUGCUCUGGUUCAUCCAGCACAGCAAUAUUUGGGGUUUUUUCUACUCUACAGCUCUGUCUUAGCAAUAUUCAAACUGAAGUGCAGCCCUUGCUUGUUCACAGGGACAAUUCCUCUCUAGCUGAAUCAACAUCUGCUUUGGCUUUGGUAGUCCAGGAUGAGCACAGCCAGGGCAGGGGCUCCCCAGGGAGACCAGCACACCUCAGCAUGACAAAAACAUCCAUGGGGGCUAAGAGGAAGAGUGGGAGGUGUGAGCUGGCAGUAAGCUUGUUUUAUUUGACUUCCCUUAAUUGGUGGGGCUAUACAGCCUAGGAGGGAAUAGGACAGAUAAGGGUGAGGGAAUGGCCAUAUCAUUUUGAGGAGUCCUGGUUUGGCACCUCUUGGGUACAGCCAUUCCCAGGGUAUGUCAGGAAAGCCUCUUGAGAUGAAAACUGCUGUUCCUGAAGGCUGUGGAAGGGAAGGCUCCUAAUGUGAAAAUAAAGGGGCAAAGCCUUGGUGUGUACAGAAGGGAGGUUCUUAGCUGGAGAUCAGACCUGUGUGUGCCUGCAACAUGUACAGGCUUCACUGGAACAGGAUUGCAAAGAAAUUGUGUGUGAGGGGAGGUGGGGUGCAACAUGAGAGUGUUUUAUUUGGAUGAUACUGAUGAGGAUGAAAUGCUUCAGAUUUUUAUUUCUAAAAUGACAUUUCAGUUAUCUUAGGAGGUAUGGUGGGUUUUCUGUUUUGCUUUUAAAAUUCAAGUCAACCCUUAAAAGCUGAAAUCAGAGCCUACUUUUUUGAUUGGGGCAAAACAUUUCUGCAGCCUUUGUUUCCAGAACUGUUAUGGUGGUGGUGGUGGCUUUUCACUGCAAUAAAAUUAAAAAAAACAAAAAAAGGCUCUUGUCUGAGAUGAGACUUGUAUGUUGGAAAAAAGGCCUCACUUGAGCCAUUGGGUCAGUGGGUUUCUAUCUCUUUUGCUCCCUGAGCAGGGAGUACCUGAAGGGGUUUAAGAACCUGGAGCUUCUGGGCAGUUUCUGCAUUCAUGGUGAAAGCUUCCUAGCAUGUCUGUUGCUCUCACUGGUGUAGUUACAACCUGAUUUUUUGUUUUCCUGUAUGUUUUAGUUAGAACAGUAUUAUUUCAUUUAAGUCUACAAUCCUUCUUUUUCAUCUGAAACUGCACUCAAAGCAUUGGGGCCAAUUUUAAUGUUUCACAAUAGCACAGGAGGAGGAGGAGGGAUAUUCUCAGCUCUACUGCACUGGCCCCACACCCACUGCCUGCAUUUUGCAGAGGCAGACAAGACUUACAGGGGCACCAGAUGCACCUGCAGAAUGUAAAUCCUCAUUAGUUUAGAGAGCCUGGGCAGCCUGUAACAGGGAUCUUCACCCAUUGCCUGCUGUGACUGCCAUCAUACAUAAAGAACUCCAAACCAUUUUCAGAAGUUGAGCCUUGCUACUUAAAAUCAGGUGCCCAGUAGCAAUACUGGGUUUAUAGCAAUUUCUAAUCUUUCUUGCCUCUUCUGCUGUCUGUCAUGCAGGCAGGAAAUUACCAAUCUCUUAUUUUUUUCACCCCUUUAGGUGAUAACCAGUCUAAUACCUCUUCCCUUGCUUACAUCCAUCUCUGUUUUCCAGAAUCAGCUGCUUGUUCUCUCAGAUGAUCUGAUGAAUUUAACUAGUUUAACUCAAGAAUUCUUGUCCUUAAAUGCCACUUGAGCUUUUGGAGUUGCUACUUCAGAAGAAGAGUUUUUGUGCUGUCUUACCCAAUCUUUUUCUAGUUGUUGUAACUGAGCAUCCAGUGCUUUCUCCAAACCUUCUCUUUGUUUCUGUGGUUCAGAGCCACCCCAUGUGGAUGUGCAUGGACUGUUUUGGGAGCAGAGGGGAGUGUGCAGUCAUUGCUGUGUCACUGCAGACAUUUCGCUCUUCCCAAACAGAAGGGAAGCUGUGAUUACCCAAAUGGUGAGCUCUGCUUGCUUCUCACCUGGACUGUCUGACCCUGGGAGAUCUCACCAGGCUGUGAGUCCUUGGAUGAACCAUUGCCUUCUUAAGAGAUGGAUUUGUGGGGUUCACAGAUCCACCCAUUAAGAAAUUACUUUUCUCAUCUCUAACAAAGCAUUUCCCCCCACCUUGCACCCAUUAUUCUGUCAUUUUCAAAUAGCAAAUUCCUCUGUGUAAUGUAUCUUUCAAGAAAAGAAGAAAUAGUAAAAGCCAUUGAUAUAAGUUCAUGUCAUUUAACCUUUCUGGGCAAGUAGAAUUAGAGGAGAAAAUCCUGUAUUGGAUGUGUAGGUGUGGUGAUACUGCACCUUGAAGGUCUGGUAAAUCUCUAGGAACUGUAUCAGUCUAAUUUCUUGAAAGCAGGCAGAUACCAACAGGCCCUGGGGCAGUAUUGUCUGGUUAAGCAGCUAAGUGGGCAGGGGGAUGUUUUAGCUGGAUGCAGUUUCUGUGCUGAAGGAUCUCAGACAGCUCUGCAGCUGCUAUUAGAGCACAGCUCAUUGGGCCAAAUAUUUACUGUAUAAUUUAAUACAAACAACAUAAGCUAAUGCAUCUGCCCCCCUAUAGAAAGUCUUUGUCUUCUAAAUCUGCUCUUGCCAGUUCUUCCAAGUUCUGCUAGACCUUUCUGUGUCCCUUUGUGCAUCUUGAAUGAGAUCAGUGACUUCCAAGGCUGGCUCUAGUGGCGUGGCUCCUUCCACAGAGCUGCCCUCUGAAGCCACAAGGAAACCCUGCUGAGUAGGGAGUUUCUGUUAAUGUGCAAUCGAGUCAUGAUAAGACCAGCUAGGAAAGAUAAGGUUCCCAACAAGUGGUGGGACAAUGAGCAGGGAAAUGGAGUAUGGAAGACUCUGUGAUUAAUCCUGACCCCUGGCUGCAUUGUUUAGAGGAAAAGCCCUGCUGAAGAGGAUGCGUGGACAUGGUGCUGAAGGGGAGGGAAAGCAGGAGAAAUCCAGGGAAAAGAGUAGAAAGCAGGAAAGUGAUUGAUUGUUCCUCUGUGACCAUGAAGGCAGCACUCUGACCCUGGGGAGGGCUGUCUCAGAGUAGUUUAGUCCUAAUGCCCUCAUGGCUGCAAAGCCAGAGGGAAUUCAGUCACGCUCCAUGGGGUGAACUGGUUUUUAAUGCUCAGGGAAGGGCUCGUUCCUGCUCGCUCUCUGGGGAUGUGGUGGCACACCCUGCCCUGGCAGUGCCAGCUGGGCAGCAGGUUGUGGGACACUGGGGCAGGGCUGUGUGUCCCCAGCAGCCAGGAGAGGGGCAGCCCAGCACAUGGCAUCUCCCUCGCAUUUGGUGUUCUGUAACUCAGCACUGUUUCACUGCCAAGGUCAUUUUUACUGGAUAUGUACCUUGCUGUAUCACUGCUUUGCUUUCUUUUGACCUGAGGUGUAAAUUAAUCUAUGGGCCAAAUCACUCACUCUCUGAACUAUGAAAAUUUAAUCUUUUUCCCUUUCAGAGUAGUAUCUUAAAAUUGCAAGCUUUGCUAAGUAUAUGCCAACAGGUGAGCUUGCUCUUAGGUGCUGCUGGGCAGGGAGCAAUUGUAAAGCCAAUAUAGGAGGGCAAUUUUGUAGACUUGCAUUUUUUUCUGAGUAUACCACUGUGUGUCAGGCUUCAGCUUUGCUAUGUGUUUGCCAGAAAAACAGCCACAGACUGGCACUGGUAAAGAGCUGAGGAAUAAGGGUGUGAAAGGAAAAGAAAAAUUGAAAGGAAAAUUAUACUGGUGCCUUAGACCUGCAGUCCCCUUUUUUGAAUAGCAGUUACAACAGAGACCAUUUGAGCACAACUGUUUUUUCCCCUACCCUUUUACAUCUGUCUUGCAACCUGAAUGAUGAUGGGUUUAAGAAGCUCUUAGCCUGGGGUCGUAUUGAAGGACUCAUCUAGUGUUGAACAAGCAUGGAUGUCAAUUAAGAAAUGGUUACCUGCAGAAGAUAAUUCAGGGAGAAUAUGAUUGAAAAGAAGUGCUGAUUUUUCUUGUCUGUCAGCCUGAUCCUUGACUUGCUUAGGUGCUGGUGACUGUGUUUCAGUAGUAUCAAAUUAAUACAAGUUAUGCCAGGCAUGGAAAUAAGGCAGUUCUGGCUGGCAUCAAGAAAUGGAUAAUAAAACCUGAUAAGCUCCAAGCAGCUUUUAUAUGUAUUCUUAUGUUGGGCAUAUUGGAUUAUUUUUAAAAAUUGUUAAUGCUGUGGCUGUGAAGAUGAGUUAAGAACUUCAGUGUGCAGGAUGCAGAGGAGAUAACAGUUUUGGCUCUACAGACAACUGGGAUGAGGUUCACUGAGUAUUGCUGGAAGAGUCUGUUUAAAACAGGCCAGCAGGAGCUCUUCAUUUAAAAACUGCCCCAUGCCUGUGUCCUGAGGUUCUUUUGCAACUGCUUAGGUAAAUCAGCUUUUGCCAAAGAGCUGGGAUGAGGAGGAGCACUGGGAGUUAUAACUCUGGCAAGCUGAAGUUGCAGAUGGCCACAAGCAGUGGCUUUGGGAGAGGUGGGAACUGCUCUUUUUCAGAAGGAGUGUCAACACUAUAGUGAAAAUUUAAACACUGUAAUUUUGUCUGAUGAAGGUCAGUGCAGCAGCAUCUGCAGAUGCCCUGAAUUAGUGGGUUGUGCUUUUACUGAGCAAAAACAUUUUUCUCCUGCUAAGGGCCACCUGGAAGUUAUUUCUGAGUAAAGCAGGAAAGUUUCAUCAACCUGUAUGACUUCAGUUCCCAAGUCACUUGUAUAAAAAAAAAAUCACCUUCUAAAUGAAUAAGUAGGAGUGGGAGGUAUAAGAGACUCAACAAAAUAGGCCAAAAGGCCAAGCACAUUAUCAAUAAGCCUAUUCUGCUGCUGCCUUGCUGAGGACAAAGUGCUGAAGACAUUGUUCAGCGCCACCACCUGCUCCCUGAGAGAGGUGUACUUCACUUUUGUUUAGAUGUUGAAAUGCCCUUGAAACUCAGGCACAGGGUGUGAUUCUUGGGUAUCCCAUGCAGGGCCAGGAAUUGGACUCAAUGAUCCUGAUGGGUCCCUUCCAACUCAGCAUAUGCUGUGAUUCUACAAAAGCAGAAUCCUCUGAGAGGGGGUGAUUUGGACAUAAGUUCAUGUUUGGCAAAGCCUUGUCUGGGCUGUGGGGCUGUGCUGUGCCAGGGUGGCAGCAGCCCCACUCUGGGACAGUGCUGAGCACAGUGACACCAGGGCACUUUGGGCCCAGCAGUGCUCAGUCCAGUGUCCCUCCUAUGGAUGGCACAAAAUUGCUCAAUGUGAGUCUGAAAAGAGGGUGGUGAUGUCCAGGUUCAAGUGCAGGUCAAGUAUGAAGAAAACAAAACAAAGCCUCAGCAGCCUCCUGUGAUUUAGAUGGGCAAAACUCCCACCCUGGAGGACAAAACUGCACUCUUUGGAUAAGUGCUUAUCAUUCUUGAAGCUGGCACAGCAGAGCAGAGCAGUCCAUGCUUCAAAAAGCAAAGUAAUUAAUUCUCCUUGCUCUCAGCCUCAGCAGUCUCUGAUGUGCAAUGCUGCACUGCAACCAGGCAUGGAGAAACUUUCUUCCCAAUCAAAAGAAGUAUUCAUUUUUUUACUCUGAUACAGCAGGGUUGGUCUUCCUUUCAAUAUUAAUGACAAGGAGACAAUGUCUUCCUUGCCUUUCCAUGACCUUCAGUGUUUGUGCUUUGUGUUAAAAUUUCCAUUCCCCCUCCCUAUUCAAAU